AUGUCCAACACUACCAGCACCGACCCGAGGGUAACGAGGGCGUUACAGGCUGGGCGAGUUCCGGAAGAUGUCAGCACUGCCUGGUUGGAGGAUUCCCGAGACGAUUCUGCCAUUGGCGCCAUAAUUUUUGUCACCAUCUUGACGGGCGUCAUUGUACUAUGUCGAAUUGCCUCAAGAGCCUUUGUGCUGAGGCGCACAGGACUUGAUGAUUGGUUGGCGCUACUGGGUCUGGCCCUGCUUAUAGCGUUUGUAGUGCUGGGUGUCAAACUGAUCAACAUCGGAUCGGGGCGGCACUAUGAGUACAUUAUGUACGUGCUGACGCCGGAGGAGGUGGACCUUAGCGAGAUCUGGGACUUUACGGCACACAUUGUCUACACGAUUGCGCUAGUGAUCUGCCGUCUAUCGGGGUUGGCCUUUUACCACCGUAUCUGCGGCAUUCACCGCGGAUUCCGACUGGCGAUCCGGAUCCUGAUGGGCGUCUUGGUGGCGGGAUUCCUGCCGCAGCUGUUCCUCAUCGUCUUCCACUGUCUGCCAGUGACGGGACUCUGGCCAUACGACUGGCAAAAGGAUGCCGAGGACUACAAAUGCCUGCAAUGGGGUGUUGUGUACAGUGUCAACUCGGCCGUGUCGCUGUUUUGCGACCUGUUGCUCUUUGGUAUCCCGUUGGCCAUGAUUUGGAUCCUUGAUCUACCGCGCAAGCGGAGACUGCAGUUGGCCUGUAUCCUGCUCCCGGGUAUCUUGGUUAUCGGCAUUUCCAUUGCUCGUCUGGUGCUCGUUAUCGAAGGUCAGUGGGAAAUGGACAUGUCGUGGACGUACAACCCCAUGGUAGCGGUCGAGGUGUCGGAGAUUGGAGCGACCCUGAUCUCGCUGUCGAUUCCUGGCAUCAAGCCCAUGUUCGACAAGUUCAUCCGGAGAACGGGCGAGGAUAGCAAUUCUGGAGGACACUCUGGGUACUCGACCAAGGGCGGGACCAAGGGCACAUCCAUGACGCUGCGCAACCUCAGCAUGCGGCCACAGCACCACAACAAGCUGAGCUCCAACAGCGACUACACGUAUAACGACACCAAGAGCCGUAACCGGGACGACGACGGGACGGGCAGCACCGAAGGCAUCAUGGUGCGGGUGGACUUUGAUUUGACCAUGGACAACGGCGAGACGAGCUCGCAGUACCGGGGAUCCAAGGCUCUCGAAGCAUGA